CGGGUACGCGCUCGCUGCGUCGACGUGCUGACGACAGGACGCCCGGGCCGGUGUGUGUCGGUGUGUAUGUGUGUGUAUGUGUGUGUAUAUGUGUGUGUUUGUGUGUGUGUGCGCGCUCCGAGAGUGUGUAUUUGUGUAUCGGCGGUCCCGCAGGUCCCGGAUGUUGCGGGCAGUAUGAGGCGAGCGCAGGGGGACAGGGACCAGCAGCUGUCGCCGCCGUUCUCAGAGAUUUCCUGCUAGACAAGACAAAUUAGAGCUUUCCUACUGUUUUGACUUGGGUGAAGAAAAACCAGAAAUCUCUGCUCCCUGACUUUGAAAACCCAGUUUAACCUUCAAACUGGCGAUGUCAAGGGUUCCAAGUCCUCCACCUCCGGCAGAAAUGUCGAGUGGUCCCGUGGCUGAGAGCUGGUGCUAUACACAGAUCAAGGUAGUGAAAUUCUCCUACAUGUGGACCAUCAAUAACUUUAGUUUUUGCCGGGAGGAAAUGGGUGAAGUCAUAAAAAGUUCAACUUUUUCAUCAGGAGCCAAUGAUAAACUGAAAUGGUGUUUGCGAGUAAACCCAAAAGGGUUAGAUGAAGAAAGCAAAGAUUACCUGUCACUUUACCUGUUAUUGGUUAGCUGUCCAAAGAGUGAAGUUCGGGCAAAGUUCAAGUUCUCCAUCCUGAAUGCCAAGGGAGAAGAAACCAAAGCUAUGGAGAGUCAGCGAGCUUAUAGGUUCGUGCAAGGCAAAGACUGGGGAUUCAAAAAAUUCAUUCGUAGAGACUUUCUCUUGGACGAGGCCAAUGGGCUUCUCCCUGAUGACAAGCUCACCCUCUUCUGUGAGGUGAGUGUAGUACAAGAUUCCGUCAAUAUUUCUGGACAGAAUACCAUGAACAUGGUGAAGGUUCCUGAGUGUCGGCUGGCAGAUGAGUUAGGAGGACUGUGGGAGAAUUCCCGAUUCACAGAUUGCUGCUUGUGUGUGGCUGGCCAAGAAUUCCAGGCUCACAAGGCUAUCCUAGCAGCUCGGUCUCCAGUUUUCAGUGCCAUGUUUGAACAUGAAAUGGAGGAAAGCAAAAAGAAUCGGGUCGAAAUCAACGAUGUGGAACCUGAUGUCUUUAAGGAAAUGAUGUGCUUCAUCUACACAGGGAAGGCGCCAAACCUUGACAAAAUGGCUGAUGAUUUGCUGGCAGCUGCUGACAAGUAUGCCCUGGAGCGUUUGAAGGUCAUGUGUGAGGAUGCCCUCUGCAGUAACCUCUCCGUGGAGAAUGCUGCAGAAAUUCUCAUCCUGGCUGACCUCCACAGCGCGGAUCAACUGAAAACUCAGGCAGUGGAUUUCAUCAACUAUCAUGCUUCGGAUGUCUUGGAGACCUCUGGGUGGAAGUCAAUGGUGGUGUCACAUCCCCACUUAGUGGCUGAAGCAUACCGCUCUCUGGCUUCAGCACAAUGCCCUUUCCUGGGGCCCCCACGCAAACGCCUGAAGCAAUCCUAAGAUCCUGCCUGUUAUAAGACUCCAUUUAUUUUCCAGAAGCAGCAGCCAUCGUUGCUGCCACUGACCACCAGGUAGACGGCGCAAUCUGUGGAGCUUUUACUCUGUGUCAGGGGAAAGACUGUACCAUGACCCAGACUUUAAAACAGCACUAAAUAACUUAGGGGACCGGGUGGGGGGCGGCCCGGGCCCAGGACUGGGGCUGCUCAACCUAAUGAAAACCCUGUCGCCGUGUCACCGUGUUCCCUUUGGCCUGGCCAAGUUGACCCUGGGAUUCAGUUUAGGUGCUGGCCCCAAGCACAUCCCAGCAGUGGUACUUUGGAGAAACCUGCCUGCAUCUGACUGAGCAGAACAAAUCGUCAGGUGCCUGGAGCAAAAAGGAAAACAAAAUGGACAUUUGGUUUUAAGAGAAGGGAAAAGGAAAGAAGAAAGAAUUUUUUUCAGAAAUCAGUUUGUGAAUUCCAGUAGUAUUUAUGUUGAAAGAAGCAAAUUUUAGUCCUUCCAGCUGUGUUAAACCUUGGAUAUUUGUGAAAACUCCUCACUACCAUACAAGUAUCAGCAGAGCUCUCUCGUUAGCACUUACCAUUUGCAAGAACAGAGCCCAUCCUUUUAUCCUCUUAUGAAAAGUGACACGUGAAGGCGAAGGGGGAAGGAGGUUAUUUGAUCUAGAAGAUGAAUGUUUUGAUGGUAGUGGCUUUUGCAAAAUCUUUAUUGGUGUUGAAAACUGGAAAAAAAAGUUAUUCAUCCAGAAUUCAUACUGUCUUGACAAGAACAUGGUUCUGUUUUUAGAUAUCGUGGAAAAUGUUUUUGGUGGGUUUUUUUGGCAUUUUUCUCUGAUUUUAUUUUUUCUUCCCUUCCCCCUCCUUUUUUUUUAAAAAAAAAAGAAGAAAUAAAUCCAGAAAAUACAUAAAACAAAAAGAAGAGAAAAAGAAAUUUUAUUAUUAUUGCUAUGUGAAAAAAAUUCCAGCCCAGAUUGCCCGGCUGUUUGUACCUGACUUGUCGCCUGCAUAGGAGCCAGUCUGUCACUUCUGAUUAGCCCCUCUUCCAAGGGGGAGACUUCCAAAUGUUAAUUUUUUCUUUUUGAAAUAUAAAUAAUUACUAUUUUGUA